UGACAUGUCGCCCCCAAAAUGAACAGCACCCAAACACAUUUGGUUGCGUUUGGUAAAAUUCUGGGAGUAAUUUUGCAAACGCGUUUGGAAGGGACGACUUCCGGUGUGUGUGUGUUUUUUUCAGGUCGUUUCCGGGCUGACGAACGCCCGAAAUCAAGUCAACAAAGAUGAGCAAAAUCGACAAAUCGAGCAAAGCUGAAGUGCUGAGCGGUUACCUGAUGGAGCGGCUCACGCAGCUGCUGCGGGACAUCGUGGACGUAGUGGAGGACGCGGUCAGCGAGUACCGGGAGGAGACGCUGCGGACGCGGCUGGAGAACGAGAGCCUUCGGAGGCAGCUUGGCGAAUUCCGAAGGCCGCCUGACGAGCUUUGGGCCCGGCCCCAACCUCCCAGCUCCAACAAGCAUCUCGUUGCUCGCGACCAAGAGCAAGCGUGCGCCGCCACCCACGUCCAAACACCCCCCGCGAGCACGUCCAAGCGGACAGUGGCGGAGCUCCCCCGUCUGGAUGAGACCUUUCCCAAAGCACAUUUUGUUGUUCCCGCCUCGCCACUCAGAGAAGAGCCACGGCCCUCUUCCCCACCCGUCAUUAAAUGUGAACAGGACGAGUUGAAGGUCACGCCUGGCAAAAAUUGUGCAGCGUUACCCAUGGCCAGUGUGCACGUUCACUUCACCAAGGUCGAUACCAAUGCCAGCACGGUGAAGGAGCGACAACAAACAGAAAGAAACGGCCAGGUUAGAGAGACGGCAGCGGCGGGCGCCAUCGUGUACGAGUGUCCCCGCUGCGGUGAGGUCUUUGCUCAGGCGGCCCGACUGCGGCUCCACCUGGAACAGAAGCGCAAGACCUACGCCUGCACCUGGUGCUGCAAAUCCUUCGCGCAGUCGGCCGAUCUGCGACGUCACAUGCGCACGCACACGGGCGAGCGGCCGCACCGCUGCACCUUUUGCGCCAAGAGCUUCAGCCAAAGGGGAAACCUUCGGCGGCACGUGCGCAUCCACACGGGCGAGCGGCCGUACAAGUGCGCCGUGUGUCGACGCACGUUCAGUGACGGAGACACGCUCAAGAAACACAUGCGCACCUACGCGCACCAAAAAGCACGUGACAGCCACGGCGGCGCUGGUACGUGACUGACGACCCGGAUGGACACCAAGUGGCAAGUUUGUAAAACAAGACAACUUUCUCAUCUAUUCACUUGUUCAGCAUUUCAAACUGCUAUUGAAAUUAUGCCACAGCAACAUCAUUCACAACAUGAGGUCAAAAGGUGCAUUGGGGGGGGGGGGGGGGGGGUAGCCAAGCACUAAAAACAACUGUUAAUCAUUUGAAACAUUUAUUCCAGCCCAUACAAACGUAUUCAACAGGGGUGGUGAACGUCAAGCUUGAUAAGCUGCAAGAUACUGAUGAUGACCUAACACUUGGAAAUGAGAAGAAAGCAAAAUGUGAAAAAGUGUUUUAUUGGGGUGGGGCGGGGGGUGUCAUGGGUCACUGCUGCAAGACAAAAUACAAAUCUAGAAAAAUACUCCAGAAAGGAAAUGGAAAAACAUGAAAGCACAAUUACAGUUGCAACAGUUCUAAAUAAACAUGGAGGAGUUCAA